AUGCUGAGCAGGUCGUGCUCGUCGCGGCGGCGGCGGGCAGCCCGCAGCGCGAGCAGCACGCCGGCCCCCGGCGGCGGUGGCGUGGGCGGGGAGCCGCGGGCGGCGCGGGGGCGGCGCGCCAGCGUGGCGGUCGGCGCGCACGACGCGGAGCGCCAGCGGCGCAGCCUGAGCCCGGGGCCCGCCGCCACCGCCGGCGCCAGCAUCAGCGGCAGCGGCAGCGGCAGCACCAGCCCCGCCCUGCUGUGCCCGCCAGAGCCGCGCAGCUACGGCCGCAGCCCGCGCCACAGCGUCGCCAGCGUCGCCAGCGUCGGCGCGCCCCUGGCAGAGGCCGACGCCUCCGCCGGCUGCCUGGGCCCCGGCCACCGGCCGCCGCCGCCGUCGCCGCGCCCGCUCUCCCCGGCGCUGCUCGAGCCGCCGUCUCUCGUCGUCGCGGACGCCGACGCUCUAUCUCCAGGUACGGCCACGCCCACAUCGUUGCGCCGCUGCUCCGUUUGCUAA